AUAGUGGUGUUUUUCUUUUUUCGGAUAUGAUUGAAUGGUUAAAAUCUGAAUUUGAAGAUGAUCCUGUUGUUGAAUCAAAACCAAAAACAACAGCUUCUAUUGCUAAUGCUAUGAUACGAAAAGAACGACAAUUACAAGAAGCUGCUGCUGCUGCUCUUAGUAAUACUUCUUUUAGUAUUGAACAAACAAAAACUGUUGAAUCAGUUGCAACAAUAUCUGUUGAUAAUGCAUUAACAUCAACAAAUGAAAAUACAUGUUUACCUGAAAUUAAAAUUGAAAGUGAAAUAAUAACUAUAGUUGAUGUUAAAACAGAUGAUGAAAAUUUAAAUGUAUUAAAUACAAUGGAAAAAUUAACUGUAAUGGAAGAUGAAACAAAUUUAUCUAGUGUUCAAAGUCAAAAUUCGCUUAAUCAAUAUGAUAAUGUUAAUGAUCUUAUUGAUACAAUUUGA